ACGUCAUCGGGAGGCGUGUGGCCGCGCGGCUUUGGCGCGAGCAGUUGAAAGCCCGGCGGGGACCGGCUGUGGGUGCUCGGGAGGAGGCCGCCGCCGGGAGAGCCCGCGGAGUCCGAGGAGCGGCGUCUGGGGAGGCGACUCGUUUUCCAGGUGUCGGAGUGAUAUCGUCGAGAAAAAUGCCUAUUGGGUGCAAAGAGAGGCCAACCUUUUUUGAAAUUUUUGAGACGCGAUGCAGCCAAGCAGAUUUAGGACCAAUAAGCAUUAAUUGGUUUGAAGAACUUUCUUCAGAAGCUCCCCCAUAUAAUUCUGAAACUGCAGAAGAAUCUGAAUAUAAAUCCAGCAGUUAUGAACCAAACCCAUUUAAAACACCACAAAGGAAACCUUAUCAUCAGUUGGCUUCUACUCCAGUAAUAUUCAAAGAGCAAGGUCUAACUCUGCCACUGUAUCAAUCUCCCUUAAAAGAAUUAGAUAUGGACAGAUUAGAUUUAGGAAAGCAUAUUACCAAUAGUAAAUAUAAAAAUUGUUGCACAAUGAAGGCUAAAAUGGAUCAAGCAAAUGAUGUUAUCAUCCCACCUCUAAAUUCUUGCCUUAGUGAAAGUCCUGGUAUUCUACGGUGUACACAUGUGACACCACAAAGAGAAAAGUCAGUGCUAUGUGGAAGUUUAUUUCAUACACCAAAGCUUAUGAAGGGUCAGACACGGAAACAUAUUUCCGAAAGUCUAGGAGCUGAGGUGGACCCUGAUAUGUCUUGGUCAAGUUCUUUAGCCACACCACCAACCCUUAGUGCUACUGUGCUCAUAGUCAGAGAUGAAGAAGCAUCUUCAGCUGUAUUUCCUAAUGAUACUACUGAUAUUUUGAAAAGCUAUUUUUCUGACCACGAUGAAAGUUUGAAGGAAAAUGAUAGGUUUAUCCCUUCCGGGCCAAACAAUGAAAUAAAAAGUCAGAGAGAAGCUAAAAGUUAUGGAUUGGGGGAUCCAUUGGGUAAAGUAAGUGGCUGCAAAGACCAUUUUGGAAAGUCAGUGCCAAAUGUCCCAGAAGAUGAAGUACAUGAAAAGGUUGGAGAUAUUUCUGAAGAAGAUAGUUUUUCAUUAUGCAUUUCUAAAUAUAAAAAAAGAAAUCUACAAAAAAUAAAAAAUGGCAAGACUAGGAAAAAUAUUUUCAGUGAAACAAAAAACGAUGAAUGUGAAGAAACUAAAAAACAAAUAAAAGAUAAUAAACAGUCGUUUAUAUCCAAAGUGGAACCAAAUGACAGUGAUCCAUUAGAUUCAAAAUUAAGGAGUCAGAAGCACUUUGGGAAUGGAAGUGGCAGAAUCUCUGAGGAGGCUGUACAGUCUCCAGUCUUUGAAUGGUCUCAGCUAACACUCUCAGGUAUAAAUGGAACCCAAAUUGGGAAAAUAUUGCAAAAUUCUUCUUGUCACCAAAAUAAUUCUGAAAAAGAUCUCAUAGGUACAGAGAAAGAAUGUACCAACUUUAUUACUGUAGAAAAUUCUUUGCCACAUAUUUCAAGUGUACCAAAGACAGAGAAGAUAUUAAAGGAGGAAACAGUGGUGAAUAAGAAAGAUAAAGGACAGUGUCCUGAAUUGCAUGAAGAUUCCACUCUUGUGGUAAAACACACAGUAUCUGAAACUUCUCUGAUAGCUUCUCCUCUUCAGGGUAUCAAAAAGUCUCAAGUCAGGAUAAGAGAAUCACCUGAAGAGACACCGAGUGCAGUUUUCUCAAAUAACAUGACUGAUCUAAACUUUAAAGAAGAUCCUGAAGCCUCUGAAGGUAGAUUGGAAAUAAGUACUAUAUUUUCCCAGGAAGAGAGUUCUUUAUGUACAAGUUCAGUUACUAAUGGAAGCCGUCCAGUCACUAUCAAACAUACUUCUGUAGCUUUGAAGAAUACAGGUUUAAUAUCCACUUUGAGAAAGAAAACUAAAAAGUUUAUUUAUACUAUAAAUGAUGAAACAUCUUAUCAAGGACUAAAAAUGCAGAAAGAUCAAGAGUCAGGACUAACUAACUAUUCUGCCCAAUUUGAAGAAAACACUUUUGAAGCACCAUCUACAGUUUUAAAUGCUGAUUCAGGUUUAUUGCAUUCUGUGGGAAAAAACUGUUUACAGAAUGAUUCUGAAGAACCAACUUUGUCUUUAACCAGCUCUUUUGGGAGAAUUCUGAGAACAUGUUCUAAUAAUGAAAGCAGUUCUUCUAAUAACGAAAUAAUAUCUCACGAUCUUGAUUAUAAAGAAGCAAAAAUUAAUAAAGAAAAGCUGCAGUCAUUUAUAACCACAGAAACUGAUCAUCUGUCAUGCUUACAGGAAAAAUAUUGUGAAGAAGAUCCAGAACACCAAAUUUUAGACAUAAAAGAAAAGGUCUUACCUGCAAUCUUUCACUCUGCAAUGCCACAUUCAGAAAUGGAAUGUAGUGGUAUUCACUUUCAAUCCCAGAAAAGCAUUUUAUAUGACCUUGGUAACACCAGCAUUUUAACUUCUGGCUCCAAGGAUCCUCCAUCAAACCCAGUUGUGAUUUCUAGAGGAAAAGAAUCAUAUAAAGCAUCAGAGAAAGUAAAAUUUAAGAAUUGUGAACCUGGUUUUAAUUUAACAAAAAAUAUUCCCAUGGAUAAUCAAGAAAUAUGUGUUUUAAAUGAAAAUUUUAAAAAAGUGGAGCUGUUGUCACGUGAAAAAUACACAAUACUAGGAUCACCUUCUCUGAAGGUACAAUUAAACCAAACUACAAAUCUAACAGUAACCCAAAAUGUCCAAGAAAAGGCUACUUCAAUUUCAAAAAUAACUGUCAAUUCAAACUCUGAAGAACUUUUCCAAGACAAUAAGAAGGAUUUUGCCUUUGAAAUAAUUGAUGAGUGGAAUAUUCCUUUGUUAGAAAAUAAUGAGGAACUUCAAGAGGCAGGCAUCAGUUGUCUCAGAGAACCUAUUCUCAAGCACUCUAUCAUGGUAGUAGAUACAGACACCGAUGACAAACAAGUAGCCAAAGCAUCAAUUACAAAAGAUUUUGAUUCAUCAAAUGUAGUCCAUGAUCUUACAGAGAACAGAAAAAGGGUAAUGCAGAAAAUGAUUCUAGGUGAAGAUCCAAAGGCAGGCAUGUCCUUAGAUACAGAUAAGAAAUCAAACCAAAAUAAUGAUUAUAUGGACACAUGGGCAGAACUUUCAGAUCCCAUUUCAAGUCACAGUUUUGGACAUGGCUUCAGAACAGCUUCUAAUAAAGACAUAAAACUCUCUGAAUACAACAUUAAGAAAAGUAAAGUGUUCUUCAAAGAUAUUGAAGAACAUUUUACUACUAGCUUAGCCUGUAUAGAAAUUGUAAAUACCUCAUUGUUAGAAAAUCAAAAGAAACUAAGCAAACCUCACCCACUUGAUGGCCAAUCAACUGAUACUGCAUCUGGGUGUGAGCACAGUAGUGCACUUGCAUCUGAUAGUGAAAAUAGUCACACAACUCCUCCAACUUCGUCUUUGAAGCAAGAUUUUAAUUCAAACCAUAACUUAACACCUAGCCAAACAGCAGAAAUUACAGAACUUUCUACUAUAUUGGAAGAAUCAGGAAGUCAGUUUGAAUUUACACAGUUUAGAAAACCAAGCCCCAUGAUGCAGAAUAAUCCACUUGAAAUACCUGAAAACCAGAUAUCUGCCUUGCAUACCACUUCUGAGGAAUGGGAAGGUGUUGAUCCUCUCAUGGAUAGCAGCAGGAAGUUGGAAGAUAAGCAAAAGUCAGCUUGCUCAUUACAGACAAGCUGUAACAAAAAUGCUGCUGGAUAUUCAACCGAUAAAAAUGAAGUGGAGUUUAGAGGCUUUUACUCUGCUCGUGGCACAAAACUGAAUGUUUCUAGUGAAGCACUGCAAAGAGCUGUGAGGCUGUUCAGUGACAUUGAGAAUAUUAGUGAGGAAACCUCUGCAGAAGUAGAUCUAAGAAGUUUCUCUUCAAGUAAAUGUAAUGAUACUAUUGUUUCAGUGUUUCAGAUGGAAAAUUGUAACGAUAAAAAUUUUAAUGAAAACAAUAAAUACCAAGUAAUACAACAAAAUAAUAUUGAGAUGGCUGCUGGCAUCUUUGUUGAAGAAAAUUCUGAAGAUCAGAAGAAAAAUACAGCAAGUGAAGAUAAAUCUAUUGGUGCCUGUAGAAAUAUUUGUAAUUUAGGAGAAUCUGAUAGCCAUGAUUUAAAUAAAAAUGAUACAGUUUGUGUUCACAAAGAUGAAAAUGGCUUGCCAUGUGUUACUGAUCAGCACAGCAUACAUCUAAAAUCAUCUGGCCAGUUUAUGAAUGGAGGAAACACUCAAGUAAAAGAAGGUGUAUCAGAUUUAACUUGUUUGGAAGUUGUGAAAGCUGAAGAAAUACGUCAUGUUCAUACGUCAAAUAAACAACAGUUAACUGCUAGUAAGAUGGAGCAAAACAUAAAAGAUUUUGACAUUUUCGAUAUAUCCUUUAAGACUGCAAGUGGGAAAAAUGUCAGAGUCUCCAAAGAUUCAUUAAAUAAAGCUAUGAAUUUCUUUUAUCAAAAAUGUGCAGAAGAAGAAUUGAAUAACUUUUCAGAUGCCUUGAAUUCUGAAUUACUUUCUGGAAUAAAUGUCAACAAAAUAGAUAUUUCAAGUUAUGAGGCCACAGAUAUGGUUAAAGACAAAACAUUGAAAGAAAGUGACUCAGUUUGUAUUGAAAAUCAAUUACUGACUCUCCAAACAGAACCAGAAUGUGAAAUCAAAAAGAUCAAAGAACCCACUGUGUUGGGCUUUCAUACAGCUAGUGGGAAAAAGGUAAAAAUUGUGAAGGAAUAUCUGGACAAAGUGAAAAAUCUUUUUGAUGAGAAAAAGCAAGAUAGUGAAACCACUAAUUACAGUCAUCAAAGGGUAAAGAUGCUGAAGGACAGAGAAGAAUGUAAAGUAGGGUUUCCAUUAGCAUGUGAGACUGUUGAAAUAACAACUGCUCCAAAGUGUGAAGAAAUGCAGAAUUCUUUAACGGAGGAAAAACUUGUUUCUAAUGAGUUUGCCAUGCUACCCAGGCUCUUAAGUGAUAAUUUAUACAGGCAAACUGGAAAUUUCAAAAUGUCAAAUAGUGUUGCUCUAAAAAUUGGAAAUGUAGAAAAAGAAACAGCAAAAAGUCUUACAACUUGUUACAGAAAUCAGUUCACUUGUUCAGCCAUUAAAAAUUCUGCUGUAGCAUUUUGCACAGGACAUGGUAGAAAAUUUUCUGUGAAUCAGGCUUCACUACUUGAAGGAGAAUUGGAUGAUCAACCAGAAGAAAUAAAUGCUGCCAAAGUUACAUGUUUAAAAGACAAUCCUGAGGAUUAUGUAGAAAAUCCUUCGUGUGGAAAUCACUCAAACAGUAUAAUAAUUGAAAAUGACAAAAAUCAUCUCUCUGAAAAACAAGAUUCAACUUAUUUAAGUAACAGUAGCAUGUCUAAUAGCAAUUCAGAUCACUCUGAUUUUUGUCAUUCCAAUGAGAUAUAUGAUAAAUUAGAAUCGCUCUCAAAGAAAAGGGAUAAUUUUGGUAUUGAGCCAAUAGUGAAGAAUGCCAAAGAAAAAACAAACACUCAUUUUUCUGAAGUAAUAGCCACCAUAAGAGAAGCAAACACAUACCCACAAACUGAAAAUGAAGAUACUUGUGUUCAUAAAUUUGUGACUAACUCUUCACCAUACAAAAAUAAGAAAACAGACAUGGAAGUGGCCGUAUCUAAUUCAAAUAAUUUUGAGAUACAGUCUCCUGCAUUUAGUACAGCAAGUGGUCAAAUGGUGUCUGUUUCAGAUGGAAUGAAAGUGAGAGAAAGAUUUGCAGACAACUGCACUAAGGUCAUUAGGAUAAACACAGAGAAUAAAUCAGGCACUGGCCAUACGAAAACUUUGACAGGUUAUCAUGAGGUGGUGGGUGAUUCGGAGGAUUUUAUUUUUCCUAACUCUCUGGAUAGUGAAGAGCAUAGCAUGCAUUCAUAUAAGGUUUUUACUGGCAUUCAGAGUGAACAAAUUCUACAACAUAGCCAACGUAUGUCUAGAUCAGAGACCGUUUCUGAAAUGUUACCUUGCCAGAGUAAUUUGAAAGCUUCUGCUACUUGUAAAUUUAAUACGGUCUCUAAUGCUUGUGGGAUUUUUAGCACAGCAAGUGGAAAAUGUGUACAAGUGUCAGAUGCUGCCUUACAGAAGACCAGAUGCAUCUUUUCUAAGCUAGAAGAGAGUGCCGAGCAGCUCUUUUCCAAAGUAUCAUUUGAAUCUAAUGAAGAACAUUCAGACAGGCUCACAAGAGAAGAAAAUACUAUGAUACAUAUCCCCCCAAAUUUGCCAUCACCUGCUUUCUCUGGAUUUAGUACAGCAAGUGGAAAACAGGUUCCAGUUUCAGAGAGUUCCUUAAACAAAGUUAAGGGGAUGUUGGAGGACUUUGAUUCACUCAGAACUGAAUAUGGUCUUCAGAAUUCACCUACAUCUGGACAAGUUGUGUCAAAACUACCUCUCUCCUGUAUUGAUAAGAGAACUCCAAAAUACUCUGCAAGCUGCAAAAUGGAAAAAGCCUGCAAUAAAGAAUUUAAAUUAUCAAAUAACUGUAACGUUAGAAGUGGUUUUUCAGAAAAUACUCCCUCUCUUGAAACUUUGCCAUGUCUCUCUCCGUUUAAGCAGGAUGAACAACCAUUGGUAUUAGGGAGCAAAGUAUCACUUGUUGGAAGCAGUCAUAUUUUGGGACAAGAACAAACUUUACCUAAAAAUAUAAAAAUAGACAUUAUGAAACCUGAAACUUAUCCUAAUCUUCCCAUGACAACAAAUACAGAAAUUUGUUCUACUUACUCCAAAGAUCCAGAAAACUAUUUUGAAACAGAAGCAGUGGAGAUUGCCAAAGCUUUUAUGGAAGAUGGUGAUCUGACAGAUUCUGAACUGCUAAGUCAUCCCGACCACUUUUUUCUUACCUGCCAAAACAAGGAAAUGGCUUUGUUAAAUUCAAGAAUUGGAAAAAGAAGAGGAGAUGCACUUUUCUUGAUUGGAGAGCCCCCAAUCAAAAGGAACUUGUUAAAUGAAUUUGAUGGGAUAAUUGAAAAUCAAGAAAAAUCCUUAAAGGCUUCAAAAAGCACUCCAGAUGGCACAAUAAAAGAUAGAAGAUUGUUUAUGCAUCACAUUUCUUUAGAGCCAGUUACCUGCGGACCCUUAUGCACAACUAAGGAAAGGCAAAAAAUACAGACUCCAAAUUUUACUGAACCUGGUCAAGAAUUUCUGUCCAAAUCUCAUUUUUAUGAACAGCCAACUUUGGAAAAAUCUUCAAGCAAUUUAUCAAUUUCAGGACAGCCAUUUUAUAAAGUUCCUGCCACACAAAAUAAAAAAAGGAGAUACUCAAUUACUACAGGCAAACCAGUGAAAGUUUUUGUCCCACCUUUUAAAACUAAAUCACAUUUUCACAGAGAUAAUCAGUGUCUUGGCAGCAAUACUGAUUUGGAAGAAAACAAACAAAAACAAGAAAACAUAGGUGAACAUGGCUCUGGUGGUAGUAAAAAUAAUAUUAAUAACAGUGAAAUUCAUCAGCCCAACAAAGAUAACUCCAAUCAAGUAGCAACUGUAAUCUCCACAAAGUGUGAAAAAGAACCUUUAGAUUGCAUUGCAAAUCUUCAGAAUGCCAGAGAUGUACAGGAUAUGCGUAUUAAAAAGAAACAUGGCCAACAAAUUUUUCCACAGCCAGGAAGUCUGUAUCUUGUAAAAACAUCCACUCUGCCUAGAAUCUCUCUGAAAGUAGCAGUAGAAGGCCAAGUUCCCUCUGCAUGUUCCCAUAAACAGCUGUAUAUGUAUGGCGUCUCUAAACAUUGCCUAACAAUUAAUAGUAAAAAUGCAGAGUCUUUUCAGUUUCACACUCAGGAUUAUUUUGGUAAGGAAGCCUCAUGGGCUGGAAAAGGCACACAGCUGGCUGACGGUGGAUGGCUUAUACCCUCCAAUGAUGGGAAGGCUGGAAAAGAAGAAUUUUAUAGGGCUCUGUGUGACACCCCAGGUGUGGAUCCAAAGCUUAUAUCUAGAGGUUGGGUCUAUAAUCACUAUAGAUGGAUUAUAUGGAAACUGGCAGCUAUGGAAUUUGCAUUUCCUAAGGAAUUUGCUAAUAGAUGCCUAAGCCCAGAAAGGGUGCUUCUUCAACUAAAAUACAGAUAUGAUAUGGAAAUUGAUAGAAGUCGAAGAUCCGCUAUAAAAAAGAUAAUGGAAAGGGAUGACACAGCUGCAAAAACACUUGUUCUCUGUGUUUCUGAAAUACUUUCACCAACCACAAGUCUAACUGGAACUUCUAACAGUAAAACUAGUGGUGUGGAUAACAGCAAAACAGCUAUUGUGGAACUGACAGAUGGAUGGUAUGCUGUGAAGGCCCAGCUGGACCCUCCCCUCUCAGCUCUCGUACAGAAAGGUAGACUGGCUGUCGGUCAGAAGAUCAUCACUCAUGGAGCAGAACUGGUGGGCUCUCCUGAUGCCUGUGCACCUCUUGAAGCCCCAGAAUCUCUUAUGCUAAAGAUUUCUGCAAACAGUACCCGGCCUGCUUGCUGAUAUGCCAAGCUUGGAUUCUCUCCAGACCCUAGACCUUUUCCUCUCCCCUUGUCAUCACUUUUCAGUGAUGGAGGAAAUGUUGGCUGUGUUGAUGUAGUUAUUCAAAGAGCAUACCCUAUGCAGUGGAUGGAGAAGACAUCGUCUGGAUUAUACAUAUUUCGCAAUGAAAGAGAAGAAGAAAAGGAAGCAGCAAAAUAUGCAGAGGCUCAACAAAGGAAACUAGAAGCCUUAUUCACUAAAAUUCAAGCAGAAUUUGAAGAGCAUGAAGGUAAA